CUGUCACUGUGCUGUUCCUAUGGAUCACUGGCAUAUCCGUGGAUUAAAAUGGGACUAGUAUGAGCAGAGAGGAUAUACUGGUGAAUGGAGAGAGCUGGACACAUGGCUGCAGUGGGGGAGGUCUCUCGGCCCCAGGACCCCGACAUGAGACGACUGGGCUCUAGCUCUGAGGACCGCCUCUCUGCUGCCCUCUCCUGUGUGAAGAGCAGUACUGACGCAGGAUGUGAGGCGAGCCCAUUCUCCACCUCCUCGUGUGGGUCAGAUCCUGAGGACAGCGUGGCCAGCACCAGCAGCAUGUCCAGUGUGUCCAGUAAAGACGGCAGCCCCUUCUCCCCCAUCAGCCCCCCCUCUCACCAGGCCCUUCCCUCCUUCUGCCCCCUCAGCCCCCCCUCCAUGCAGGCCCUCCCCCCCUUCUCCCACGGGCGCUCCAUCUCCAUCUCUGUGGUGCCCUGCUCAGACCUGGCCCCCAGACCCUCUGUGUCUUCAACCGGAGAAGAGCUUAUGGACGCCUUCAGCCCAGAGUCAGACUCGUUGCCUCCGAUCUCCCAGACGCAGAGGGGCAGAGGGGGUAAGGUCUGCCACACUCCCCCCACCUCCAGAAAACUGCUCCAGCUCCUCCCAAACCUCCAGAACCUCACCCGGAGCAAGAGCCACGAGUCCCAGCUGGCCAACCGCAUCGAAGAGCCCCCCAGCACCAACAAAGUGUGUAAGAAGAACAGGCCUGUGGCAGCUCUGCAGUUAAAUGGAUUUGGGACGACCUCAGAUGACCUCCGCUCACCUCUCUCUGCCCGCACCCCCGGACCAUACUAUCACACCGACAGUUCGUCCAAGCUCAAAGGAUCGCCACAGACCUUGAGGAGGGAUUUAGGAUUAACCGUCACCCACAGGUUUUCUACAAAGUCGUGGUUCUCGCAGACGUGCCAAGUGUGCCACAAAAGUGUCAUGUUUGGGGUCAAGUGCAAACACUGCAAGUUAAAGUGCCAUAACAGAUGCACCAAAGAUGCUCCCACGUGUCGGAUAUCUUUUUUCACAUUGCCACAGAUGCGGAGAGCAGAGUCCGUGCCAUCUGACAUAAACAAUCGAAUCGACCGAGCGGUGGAGCUACCCAUUCAGUUUGGCACUUUACCCAAAGCCGUCGUCAAAAGGGACACGCAGCCGGUCUCGUCUCACUUAGACUCCAGCAGUAAUGCGUCUUCAGCCACCUCCUCCGCCCCCUCAUCCCCUCACUAUCAUCAAAACAGCCCCCAAAGUGUGAAUGCAACCCCGCCCCCGAACGCAUCACCCGCACAGGGCUCCAGGGACCAGCGCUUCAACUUCCCAGAUCUCCCUGAUUCAGCAGCAGCUCAAAACUCCACGAGCAACAAUACUGGAGUGUCUCAAGUGAAGGCUACAGAAACACAACAGGAUGUGGCAGCUCCAGAACAGGGGGAGGCAGAGGAGGAGGACGAGCCUGACGGGGGCCUGGGCUCAGAGGGGGGUCAGGAACAGUGUGAGGACCUAGAAGAAGACGGUCUGGACGAGCUGCCCGUGUCCUGCAGGAGGGAGGGACAUUUCGGGGGUAACAUCCACAGAAAGGCCAGUCAAACCAGCGUCUACCUGCAGGAGUGGAACAUCCCAUUUGAGCAACUGGAGCUGGGGGAGCUCAUAGGAAAGGGCCGCUGGGGGAAGGUCCAUAGGGGGCGCUGGCACGGUGAGGUGGCCAUCCGUCUGAUGGAGGUGGAUGGGAAUAACGAGGAGCAUCUGAAGCUGUUUAAGAAGGAGGUGAUGAACUACAGACAGACCCGGCACGAGAACGUCAUUCUGUUUAUGGGCGCGUGCAUGGCCCCGCCCCACCUCGCCAUCAUCACCAGUUUCUGUCGUGGAGUGACUCUUUACACUGUGGUGAGAGAGAGAGCUUCACUGCUGGACAACAACAAAACCAGGCAGAUCGCUCAAGAUAUCGUCAAUGGCAUGAGUUACCUCCACGCUAAAGGCAUCAUUCACAAAGACCUGAAAUCUAAAAACAUCUUUUACUGCUCAAACAAAGUGGUGAUCACAGACUUCGGCCUGUUCGGGAUGUCCGGGGUGGUGCAGGAGGGCAGGAGGAACAGUGUGCUGCGGAUCCCUCGGGGCUGGCUGUUUUAUUUGGCGUCUGAAAUCGUGAGGAAGAUGAGUCCAGAGGAGGAUGAAGACCAGCUGCCGUUUUCUAAAGCUGCUGAUGUUUACGCCUUUGGUACGAUCUGGUACGAGCUGCACACUGGUGUCUGGCCCCUGGAGCAGCACCCCGUCGAAGCCCGACUUUGGCUCUUCGGUUCUGGGGAGGGCAUCCGCAGAGAGCUGGGACAGGCCCAUCUCGGCAAGGAGGUUACGGAGAUCCUGUCUGCGUGCUGGUCCUUUGACUCGAUGAGCCGUCCCUCUUUCACUCAGCUCAGCGACAUGUUGGAAAAACUGCCCAAACUGAACCGCCGCCUCUCUCACCCGGGACACUUCUGGAAGGCUCAAGAGCUGUGGGAUCACCGCGUGUGCUGCCAGGGCUUUCUCACAAACUGUCCCUUCAUCUUCAAAUACAGCUGAGAAGUCAAACACGGAGGUCGAGAAUUUACAACAUUGACUUUCUGAGCUUUGUGUCAUGUUAUAAUGUUAUAUUCUCAUAAAAAAAAAACAUGCCUGGAGUUGUGGUGUUGUCUUAUACCAACACAUGUGUUUCAGAAUGACGCAAAAUUAGGACCGUUGCCUAAACCUGUCACGAUAACAAAUUAUGACGCGCGAUAUAUUGCUACCAUAGACUGUAUAUAUGAAUGAACAUGGCUAACCUGCUAGCUGCCACGCUCCAAACAGGAAGUGAUCAUGUGCGCACUUCCGGCUCCAUCAACUCUGGCUCCAAUUCACUUUCUAUUGAAAAAACUGUCAUCCAUCUCUCUGUACCUGCUGCUGUCAGACUCAUCAUUUUGGUUUUAAAUGUUCGUAUUAACCCGCUCUACAUGAUCUUGUUUUUAUUUAACUCUUGUGUCUGUAAAUCAAAAUAUGAACAUUAAUAACAGACAAAUCAGCAGUCUUCUUUCCCCGAGGUCGCUCCUGCUAGUGUUGCGUCAUCUUUUACAAACAAUAUUAAGGCCCAAAAUGUAUUGUUCCUGGUCUGGAUCUAGCAAUCUCUACACCUGUCAACACUAAUGCUGGUCUUUUUAAUGAACCCGAAAGAGUUUUGCAAAUGUGCUUAAGCCGUGUUCUGAACUGAUGGACUUCUCCUCUUUCUCUUCCUCUUUGUGGCUCACACCAUCUUCAGAAGUGUGAAUAAACCCCAAAUAUGUACAGCAGAGUGAAGUACUAAAAGGCUGUGUAUUUUAGCAGGAUUUUUAAAAGGUACUUUGUUUGUUUUUUUCUGUACAAACCGAAUUAACUGAUUAUUUUGAAAUGUGACGGCCUCAAAUGUAUUAUAUUUUUGUACAGAAAGUGGUUUUAAUAAGAAUAAAACUAUGAU